AUGUACCGACAAGUGAGAGUAGCAGAAAACGAUGUAAAAUAUCAGAGAAUAGUUUGGCGAAAAGAGCCACAUGAAGAAAUGCAAGAGUAUGAGCUAUUAACUGUAACCUUUGGUACAGCUUCAGCACCUUAUUUGGCGGUUAAGACAUUGCACCAGGUCGCGUUAGACUAUGUGCAAGAAUUCCCCACGGCAUCUGAAAUAGUGCCAACAAGCUUUUAUAUGGAUGAUUUAAUGACAGGAUGUUCCACAAUAGAAGAAGGUAAAAAAUUGUAUUUGGAAAUGAAAGCAUUAUUAGCAAAAGCAGGAUUUGAACUACAAAAAUGGAACAGCAACAGUUCGGAAUUAUUAGGGGAAAUCGAGUCAUAUGAAAGUAAGGACGAAAAGGAAAUAUUAAGUGAUAGUACAAAAAUAUUAGGACUUACCUGGUGUCGUAGUGCAGAUCAGUUCAAGUACACGGUGCAGCUCCCUUCAGCAUCUGAAACAUUAAGUAAACGCAUUAUUAUAUCGGAUAUCGCACGCUUAUUUGACCCUUUAGGCUGGAUAGCGCCCAGUAUAAUACUAGCUAAAAUAUUGAUACAGAAAUUGUGGCUAGCAGGAGUAGGAUGGGAUGAUCAUGUACCAGAAAAAUUAAAAGAAGAAUGGAUAACUUACCGUAAAGACUUGGAAAAUCUAUCCAAAGUCUAUGUUCCGAGAUGGUUAGGAACAUCAAAUAGCUCAGUCAUAGAGUUGCAUGGAUUCAGCGAUGCAUCAAAGGCUGCUUACGCAGCAGUUGUGUAUACUCGUUGUGUGGACUCUUCAGGAAAUAUACAAGUCACUCUUCUAAUGGCGAAAACAAAGGUCGCCCCUAUAAGAACAGUUAGUAUCCCUCGUCUAGAGCUAUGCGCAGCAGUACUUUUGGCACGGUUGUUGAUCGAUGUGGCGAGGGCUAUGAAUAUUGACAAGGACAAG